AUGGGGCUCAGAUGCGCCAGCCUCUUGGCGCUCUGGCUGGCCGUGGUCUCUGUGGGCGUUAAGGGCACUGAGCAAGUGCGGCCCCGGAACCACGGCCACCACGUCUGCAGCGCUUGGGGCGAUGGGCACUACCGGACCUUCGAUGGGGAGGUCUUCCGCUUCCCCGGCCUCUGCGACUAUAACCUGGCUUCCGACUGUCGCGACACCUACAAGGAGUUCGUCGUCCACGUGGCCCGUGGCCUCAGCUCCGCCGGCCAGCUGGUCAUCAAGUCCGUCCUCAUCACCAUCCAGGACGUCGUGGUCCAACUGACCCAGCAGCUGGCCACGGUCAACGGCGAGCUGGUUCACCUCCCCUACUUCGCGCCCGGCCUGAUCAUCGAGAAGAGCGACGCCUACACCAAGGUCUCCGGCCGCGUCGGCCUCAAGCUGCUGUGGAACGGAGAAGACGCGCUCAUGCUGGAGCUGGACGCUAAAUUCAAGAACCACACGUGCGGUCUCUGCGGGGAUUUUAACGGCCUGCCCACCUACUUUGAGUUCUUCAGCCAGGGUGUCCCCUACUCGGCGGUGGAGUUCGGGAAUCUGCAGAAGGUGAUGCACACGAGGCCGGACUGCGAGGACCCCGAAGAAUCGCCCGUCCCUAAGGCCUGCGAGAAACACCGCGCCGAGUGCCAGAAGCUGCUGACGUUGCCGGCCUUCGAGUCGUGCCAGGAGGUGGUGGACGUGGAGAUGUUCGUGAAGGCCUGCGUGCAAGACCACUGCUCCUGUCGCGAGGAGACCCCCGCCUCUUGCCUCUGCGAUACCGUGGCUCAGUUCUCCCGACAGUGCGCCCACGCCGGAGGCCGACCCGGAGCCUGGCGCUCCGCACGGUUCUGCCCCAAGACCUGCCCCGGCAACAUGGUGUACCUGGAGAGCGGAUCGCCCUGCGUGGACACGUGCUCCAACCCCGACAUCAGCCUCCUGUGCGAGGAACACCCCAUGGACGGCUGCUUCUGCCCUCAAGGCACGGUGUUGGACGACCUCACGGGCCAAGGCUGCAUCCCCCUGGAGCAGUGCCACUGCAGAGUGCAGGGUCGCCAGUACGAACCCGGGAGCCGAGUCACCCAGGAUUGCCAAGAGUGCAAGUGCCACGCCGGUGGCUGGCGUUGCCGGGACCUGCCGUGCCCGGGCACGUGUAAGCUGGAGGGCGGCUCCCACCUGACCACUUUCGACGGGAAGAUGUUCACGUUCCACGGAGACUGCUACUACGUCCUGUCCAAGGGCUCCGGGGUCGAUUCCCACACGGUCCUGGCCGAGCUGGUCCCCUGCGGAUCCUCGGACAAGCAGACCUGCCUCAAGUCCGUCGUGCUCUUGGCCGACAAGAACAAGAACGCUUUGGUGUUCAAGGCCGACGGCAGUGUCCUCCUCAACGAACUGGAAGUCCAUCUUCCCCACGUGACUGCCAGCUUCUCCGCCUUCCGGCCAUCCUCCCAUCACAUCAUCGUGCGCACGUCCUUCGGUCUCAAGCUGCAGGUGCAACUGCUGCCCGUCAUGCAACUCUUCAUCACCAUGGACCCCAUCGCCAAGGGCUCCCUCCAGGGUCUCUGUGGGAAUUUCAACGGCAUGGAAGGGGACGAUUUCAAGACGGUGAACGGACUGAUCGAGGCCACGGGUGCCAACUUCGCCAACACCUGGAAGGCCCACUCCACCUGCCAGGACAAAGCCGACUUGCUGGACGACCCCUGCGCCCUCAGCAUCGAAAGUGCCAACUACGCGGAGCACUGGUGCUCCCUGCUGAAGAAGCAGGACUCGCUGUUCUCCAAGUGCCACUCGGCUGUGAAUCCCAACGACUAUUACAAGAGGUGCAAAUACGACACUUGCAACUGCCAGAACAGCGAGGAGUGUCUGUGUGGAGCUCUGUCCUCCUAUGCCCAGGCCUGUGCCACCAAAGGCAUCCUUUUGUGGGGCUGGAGAGAGCAGAUCUGCAACAAGGAGCUGGGCUCCUGCCCCAGCACGCAGGUGUUCUUGUACAACGUGUCGUCGUGCCAGCAGACCUGCCGCUCCCUGUCCGAGCGGGACCAGCACUGCCUGCAGGGCCUGGCACCGGUGGACGGCUGCGGCUGCCCGGCUCACACCUUCCUGGACGAGAGGGGUCACUGCGUGCCCAUCGCCAAAUGCUCCUGCUAUCACCAAGGCCAGUACCUGGAGGCCGGGCAUGUGGUCCUCAGGCAGGAGGAACGCUGCGUCUGCCGGAACGGAAGGCUGCACUGUGUACAAAUCCGGCUGCUCUCUCAGAGCUGCCCAGCCCCCAAAAUACUCGUCGACUGCAACAACCUGACGGCUCUGACCGCCCGGAUGCCGAGGUCCGUCAGCUGCCAAUCCCUGCGCAGCGGCUAUUACCAGACGGAGUGUGUGAGCGGCUGCGUGUGCCCCUCCGGCAUGAUCGAGGAUGGGCGCGGAGGCUGCGUGAAGGAGGAGAAGGAUUGUCCCUGUCUGCAUAACCGACUCUUCCACAAACCCGGAUCUGUCAUCCAUGUUGACUGCAACACCUGCACCUGCACCCAGGGCACCUGGGAAUGCACAACCAGGCUGUGCCAGGGCACCUGCACCAUCUAUGGCAGCGGCCACUACAUCACCUUCGACGGCCACCGCUACAACUUCGACGGCCAGUGCUCCUACGUGGCUGUUCAGGAUUUCUGCGGCCCAAGGCCGAGGAGCUCCUUCAGCGUCAUCACCGAGAACGUGCCCUGCGGCACCACCGGGGUCACCUGCUCCAAGGCCAUCAAGAUCUUCUUCGGGGACACUGAGCUGAAGCUGGAGGAAAACCAGCGGUCGGUCAUCCAACGUGACAGGGGAGUCCACAUGCCGUACAUCAUGCGGGAGGUGGGACUCUACGUAGUGGUGGAGACUUACACCGGAAUCGUCAUCAUCUGGGACAGGAAGACCACGGUCUUCAUCAAGCUGACCCCCGACUACAAGGGCUCCGUCUGCGGCUUGUGCGGGAACUUCGACGGGAACUCCAACAACGAUAUGAGCACCAGGGACCACAUGCUGGUCACCAACAGCCUGGACUUCGCCAACAGCUGGAAGGAGAACCCCUCGUGCCCGGACGUCACCACCCACCCUGACCCCUGCUCUUCGAACCCGCACCGCCAUGCCUGGUCCCUGAAGGAGUGUAGCAUCAUCAAGAGCGAGACCUUCAAGGACUGUCACAACAAGGUGGACCCCAACUCCUACUAUGAUGCCUGCGUCUUCGACUCGUGCUCCUGCGACACCGGGGGAGACUGCGACUGCUUCUGCUCUGCCGUGGCCAACUAUGCGCAGGCCUGCAUCAAGGAGGGUGUCUGUGUCAACUGGAGGACCCCCGAUCUCUGCCCCGUAUUCUGUGACUACUACAACUCCCUGAAUGGCUGCACGUGGCACUAUUACCCCUGUGGCAACAACAUCCUCCACACCUGCAGAACCAUCAAUAACAUCCACACCAACUUCUCCAUCAACUACCUGGAAGGCUGCUACCCACUGUGCAAGGGCGAUAAACCCAUCUACGAUGAAGACAAGAAGAAGUGCGUGAGUGCUGACGAGUGCGGCUGCUACAUCAACGGAACACACUACGAUGUCAACAAAACAGUGGACUCUGACAACAUCUGCGAAACCUGUAUGUGUACCACCACCGGACUAUCGUGCAAGGAUGUGGACAAUUUCACCAUCGUUAAUGUUACUGUCGAUGGCCCCUUCUGUCACUGGAAUAUCUGCAUCGAUGGGACACUGCAACCUUACUUCAACGUUUGCCAGAUCAGCACCCCCAUCCCCCCCACCAUUUCGACUACUUCCAUUCCAUCUACAACUUCGUGUAUCCCCGACUGCAUAGAGGGCAACUGGACCGACACGCACAAACCGUCUUACACCAACGAUGGGGACUUUGAGGCCAUAAACUGCGAGCCGGGCUACGAGCCGGAAAGCAUCACGUGCCGGUCACCCUUCUAUCCCCAUCUGCCCAUCGAGCAGCUCGGGCAGGUGGUCACUUGCAACACCGAGGUGGGGUUGGUGUGUAAAAACAGUGACCAGGUCGGCGGAAUGAUGCCCAUCUGCUACAACUACGAGAUCAAAGUCGACUGCUGCCAGCCCCUGCCCCCGGAGUGUGUCUCCACUACGCCCCCCCCCACCACGACCACCACGACGACGACCACCACCACCACCACCACCACCACUCCCACCAGCACACCCACGCCCACCACCACGCCCACCAGCACACCCACUCCCACCACCACCACCAUAUCCACCAGCACACCCACGCCCACCACCACGUCCACCACCACAGAAAGUACCACCACGACCAAGGAAACGACCCCCACCUUUACCCCCACCGGUCCCACCACGUCCACAUCAACUCCCACCCCCACCACGACGACGACCACCACGACCACCACACCCACCACGACUACCACAACCGAGGGCCCUACAACCACCACGACCACAACCGAGGGCUCCACAACCUCCUUGACCACCACACCCACCACGACCACCACAACUGAGACCCCUACGACCACCACGACCACGACCACCACAACCCAGACCCCUACGAUCACCACGACCGAGGGCCCCACGACCACCACGACCACAACUGAGAGCACCACAACCCCCACGAUCACCACACCCACCAGGAUCACCACAACUGAGACCCCUACGACCACCACGACCACCACAACCACCACAACCGAGGGCCCCACAACCACCACGACCACGACUGAGAGCACCACAACCCCCACGACCACCACACCCUCCACGGUCACCACAACUGAAACCCCUACGACCACCACGACCACGACCACCACAACCCAGACCCCUACGAUCACCACUACCGAGGCCCCCACAACCACCACGACCACCACAACCGAGAGCCCUACGACCACCACGACCACCACAACCGAGACCCCUACGACCACCACGACCACGACCACGACCACCACAACCCAGACCCCUACGAUCACCACAACCGAGGGCCCCACAACCCCCACGACCACAACCGAGGGCCCCACAACCCCCACGACCACCACACCCACCACGAUCACCACAACUGAAACCCCUACGACCACCACGACCACGACCACCACAACUGAGACCCCUACGACCACCACGACCACCAUCUCAACGACUCCGUGCAAGUCCGACUGCUACGAGAGUGGGUGGAUCGACAUGGUUAAACCGACGCCUCCUAACACCGGGGACUACGAGUUCAUCAACUGCACCCAGGGGUAUGAGAUGGAGAACAUCACGUGCAGGUCGCCCUUCUUCCCCAACAUUCCCCUCAACCAGCUCGGGCAGGUGGUCGUGUGUGACACCGAAGUGGGGCUGGUGUGCCAUAACAAGGACCAGAACGGACUUCACAUGCCCAUCUGCUACAACUACGAGAUCAAAGUCGUCUGCUGCCGCUCGGACUGCUUCUCCACCGUGCCCACCUCCUCGCCCACCACCAUGUCCACCACCUCGCCCACCACUUCGCCUACCACCUCGCCCACCUCCUCUCCCACCACCACGUCCACCACCUCGCCCACCACUUCGCCUACCACCUCGCCCACCACUUCGCCUACCACCUCGCCCACCUCCUCUCCCACCACCACGUCCACCACCUCGUCCACACCUUCGCCGACUACUUCACCCACCUCCUCGCCUACCACCACGUCCACCACUUCGCCCACCACUUCUCCUACCACCUCUCCCACCGUGUCCACCACACCCAUAGAAGGGCAGUGGAUGGAAAAAGGCCGGAAGCAUGGGAUGGCGGGAGCGGGGACUGAUCCCUCUGGGAAUGGCCUGGAGUGGGAUCAGCAUCCCAGUUUCUCCCAUCACUUUGCAGAGACCACCACGACCGAGGGAACGACCACCACCGGCCCCACCACUACAACCACCGGGACCCCCACCCCCAGCUCGACCACCUCUCCAGUGACGACCACCACGACCACCACUCCCCACCCCCCUCCCACCACCACGCCCACCCCCAGCGGGCCCCCCACCACUACGACCAGGGGGCCCACCACCACCACCGGCCCCACCACCACCACCGGGACCCCCACUCCCAGCUCGACCACCACGACCGCCACUCCCCACCCCCCUCCCACCACCACACCCACCCCCAGCGGGCCCCCCACCACUACGACUAGGGGGCCCACCACCACCACCGGCCCCACCACCACCGGGACCCCCACCCCCAGCUCGACCACCUCUCCAGUGACGACCUCCACGACCGCCACUCCCCGCCCCCCUCCCACCACUACGCCCACCCCCAGCGGGCCCCCCACCACUACGACCAGGGGGCCCACCACCGGCCCCACCACCACCACCGGGACCCCCACUCCCAGCUCGACCACCUCUACAGUGACGACCACCACGACUGCCACUCCCCGCCCCCCUCCCACCACCACGCCCACCCCCAGCGGGCCCCCCACCACUACGACCAGGGGGCCCACCACCACCGGCCCCACCACCACCACCGGGACCCCCACUCCCAGCUCGACCACCACGACCGCUACUCCCCGCCCCCCUCCCACCACCACGCCUACCCCCAGCGGGCCCCCCACCACUACGACCAGGGGGCCCACCACCACCACCGGCCCCACCACCACCACCACCGGGACCCCCACCCCCAGCUCGACCACCUCUCCAGUGACGACCACCACGACAACCACUCCCCACCCCCCUCCCACCACCACGCCCACCCCCAGCGGGCCCCCCACCACUACGACCAGGGGGCCCACCACCACCGGCCCCACCACCACCACCGGGACCCCCACUCCCAGCUCGACCACCACGACCGCUACUCCCCGCCCCCCUCCCACCACCACGCCCACCCCCAGCGGGCCCCCCACCACUACGACCAGGGGGCCCACCACCACCGGCCCCACCACCACCACCGGGACCCCCACUCCCAGCUCGACCACCACGACCGCCACUCCACCCCCUCCCACCACCACGCCCACCCCCAGCGGGCCCCCCACCACUACGACCAGGGGGCCCACCACCACCACCGGCCCCACCACCACCACCGGGACCCCCACUCCCAGCUCGACCACCACGACCGCCACUCCCCACCCCCCUCCCACCACCACGCCCACCCCCAGCGGGCCCCCCACCACUACGACCAGGGGGCCCACCACCACCGGCCCCACCACCACCACCGGGACCCCCACUCCCAGCUCGACCACCACGACCGCCACUCCCCACCCCCCUCCCACCACCACGCCCACCCCCAGCGGGCCCCCCACCACUACGACCAGGGGGCCCACCACCACCGGCACCACCACCACCGGGACCCCCACUCCCAGCUCGACCACCACGACCGCCACUCCCCACCCCCCUCCCACCACCACGCCCACCCCCAGCUGGCCCCCCACCACUACGACCAGGGGGCCCACCACCACCGGCCCCACCACCACCACCGGGACCCCCACUCCCAGCUCGACCACCACGACCGCCACUCCCCACCCCCCUCCCACCACCACGCCCACCCCCAGCGGGCCCCCCACCACUACGACCAGGGGGCCCACCACCACCACCGGCCCCACCACCACCACCACCACCGGGACCCCCACUCCCAGCUCGACCACCACGACCAACACUCCCCGCCCCCCUCCCACCACCACGCCCACCCCCAGCGGGCCCCCCACCACUACGACCAGGGGGCCCACCACCACCACCGGCCCCACCACCACCACCACCGGGACCCCCACCCCCAGCUCGACCACCUCUCCAGUGACGACCACCACGACAACCACUCCCCACCCCCCUCCCACCACUACGCCCACCCCCAGCGGGCCCCCCACCACAACGACCAGCGGGCCCACCACAACCAGCACUGGACCCACCACGCCGACCACCGGGCCCACCACGCCUACUAAAGAGACCCCCACGACCGAGGGAACCACCACCACCGGCCCCACCACUUCCACUACCGGGACCCCCACCCCCAGGUCAACCACCUCUCCAGUGACGACCACCACUCCAACCGGAUCACCCACCCCUACCACCACGACCACGGGCACCCCGACCCCCACCCCUACCACCACGACUGGUCCGACCUCUACAUCUACCCAGCCCCCACCUCCGCCCUCGACAACAACGCCAGACGUCCACGCCUUCCUCCACCCCGACUCUGAGCUCCACCUCCACGCCGACCCCGACUUCCAGCACUUCUGCGACCUCCUCUUCCACCACGCCCACUCAGACCCCCACCACCACUAUCAUUACAGUAUCCAUUACAACAUGUUGUGUGGCGAGGUCAUCUACGAUGGCCGAUUCAACGGAAAGUGCUACUUCGCCAACUGUUCGGACAGUUGCCAGGUGGAGACCUUCAACUGGACAUGCCCGGAAACGACUCCGGGGACCCCGACUCCGUCCACCCCGACCCCCACCACCACCACCCCAUCUACAACCACCCCCACCACCUCCUCUACACCCACCACCUCCUCUACACCCACCACCACCACACCAUCUACAACCACCUCCACAGUUCCACAGACCACCUUCCAAGGGUGUGACUUAAAUCCCCCCAGACAGACGAACGAGUCUUGGUGGCUGUGUAACUGCACCAUGGCCAUCUGCAUGCACGACAAUGUGGUCAGUAUCAUCCAGAAGGAGUGCGAAGACAAGCCCGAGCCCACCUGCACCAACGGUCUCACCCCCGUCCGUGUCCGUGACCCCGAUGGCUGCUGCUGGCACUGGGAGUGCGACUGCGUCUGCACCGGCUGGGGAGACCCCCACUACAAAACCUUUGACGGCACCUACUACAGCUAUCAGGGCAAUUGCACCUACGUGCUGGUGGAGGAGAUCGAGCAUAAAGUGGACAACUUCGGCGUCUACAUCGACAACUACCACUGCGACGUCAACGACCGCGUGUCCUGCCCACGCACCCUCAUCGUCAGGCACGAGACCCAGGAAGUGCACAUCAAAACCAUACAGCUGAUGCCCAUCAAAGUCGAGGUGCAGGUCAACAAGCAGAGGGUGGCAAUGCCCUACCAGAAAUACGGGCUCCGUCUAUUUACCUCGGGUAUCAACUACGUGGUGGAGAUCCCGGAGCUGGGCACCAACAUCUCCUACAACGGCCUGUCCUUCUCCAUCAGGAUGCCCUACUCCAAGUUCGGGAACAACACUCAGGGCCAAUGCGGAACCUGCACCAACAACACGGCGGAUGACUGCAUGCUGCCCUCGGGCGAGGUGGUCGACAACUGCGAGUACAUGGCGGACCAGUGGGUGGUCAACGACACCUCCAAGCCGCACUGCCCGCAUAUGAGCACCACCACCAAGGCCCCACACACCACCCAACCCGGGACCCCGCCCCCCGGCUGCAAACCCUCGCCUCUCUGUGAACUCAUCAAGGACAGCAUCUUCUCCAAGUGCCAUGCCGACGUCUCCCCAGACAACUUCUAUGACGCCUGCAUCUUUGACACCUGCUACGUCCCCAACGAAGGCUUGGAGUGUGCCAGUCUGCAGGCCUACGCUGCCCUUUGUAGCUCCGAGGGCCACUGUGUUGACUGGAGAAACAGAACCUCGGGAAUUUGCCCCAUGAAGUGCACCGGCAACAAAGAGUACCGGGCAUGUGGACCGGUGGAGGAGCCCAGCUGCAAGACCAGCCUUAAGCCCCAGAACAACACUCAGUUAGUCGAGGGCUGCUUCUGCCCAGAAGGCACCAUCAACUAUGCCCCUGGAAUGGACAUCUGCAUGGAUAUGUGCGGAUGCGUCGGACCAGACAAUAUACCCCGGCAGUUCGGUGAGCGCUUCGAACUGGACUGCAACGACUGCAUCUGUCUGGAGGGAGGCAGGGAUAUCGAUUGCGAGCCCAAGCAGUGCCCCCUGAUGGUAUUAAGGAUGUGCCCCGAAGAUGGCACCUACCCCGUGGUGGAGUACAACCCCAGCAACCCAUGCUGCAACAUCUCCACAUGCCGAUGCAACGUCAGCCUCUGCCAGGCCAAACCGCCCAAGUGCGCACUCGGAUUUGAGCUCAAGAGCGAGUUGGUCCCAGACCGGUGCUGCCCUGUCUACUCCUGUGUGCCCAAGAAAGUCUGUGUCGUCGGAGAAGCUGAAUAUAAGCCCGGCGCCCCCAUUUACUCAGAAAAAUGCCAGAACUGUGUAUGUACCAACCACUUCAACUCCAGCUCUCAACUCAACAUCGUGGAAUGCAAGCCCGUGCCAUGCAGCACCUCAUGCAAACCGGGUUUCACCGAGGUACAGGGCUUGGGCGAGUGCUGUCCCAAGUGUGAACAGACUCACUGCAUCUGGACCAAGUUCACCCCGAACCUCCUCCUGAAACCUGGGGAGAUGAAGAAUGAUCCUAAGGACAACUGCACCGUGUACAGCUGCAUAAAGCACAAAGACCAAUUCAUCUCCUCCACCUCUGAGAUCACCUGCCCCGACUUCGACCCCGAAACCUGCAAGCCCGGCACCAUCACGCUUAUGCCCAACGGCUGCUGUAAGACAUGCGUCCCGCACGACGACACCAAGAUCCCGUGCACGCUGGUGCCGAACAAGGAGUUCAUCAGUCACAACGGCUGCCGUAGCCCCCAGGCAGUCCAAAUCAACCACUGCACCGGCGUCUGCCGCACCUUCUCCAUGUACUCAGCCCAGGCGAACUCCAUGAACCACAAGUGCUCCUGCUGCAAAGAGGAGAAGACGAGCGUGCGUGAGAUCAUGUUGGACUGCCCGACCGGAGACCAGAUCAGAUACAACUACACGGUCAUCGACAGUUGCCAGUGCCAGGAAACAGCCUGCGCGCUCCCCAUCCAAGGCCCUGCUGCCGCCCCCAAGAAGUCCAUCGGGAAGGAGACACGCCAGGGCCCCGGGGUUGGGGACCACAAAGCCCGCGACCGUGUCAGACGGGCGAUACGGGAGAGGUCCAUCUCCCAACCCUGAACCUCCUAACCCCAUGCCCGGCGAACCUCACGUCCCCAGUCCGUCCGCAGCAUUGAUUUGAUGUCUUUUCCCUGGCAGAUCGGGUUGUCCUACCCCUGUCUUUGACCUCCCUCCUCUGCCCCAUUUGUGACCCCGCCACCAUCCCUGACUUUCACUUCUAUUUAAUAA